CCGUAACACUCAGCUUUCCUAGCAAAGACAGACCAUAUCUUGCGCAGUAGAGCAUGGCGAGCAAAUAACAUGGUCUGGAUCGGGAAGGAGAGCAAAUUUCACUGCAACUUUAUUAUCUAAAGGGUCUCAGGAGGGAGCAGACAUCACACUGAUUUCUGGCGACAGGCAGCAGAACUCCCAGACGUGUCAUGCAGUCUUUGGAGGUCAACGGGGGGAUUUUUGUAUGGUGGAUGCAGUCUGUGCCAGAUGGGGCAGCUUUCUGUGCCAUGCACGGCGGGGGAUGGUUGAGGUCGUGCAAAAAAGGCCGAGUUGUAUAUAAUCUUGGCGGUUGCCGUCGUUGAGCUUGUGCUGGAAUAAAGCAUGGCAAGGGCAUGUAGUGUUCCCAGAAGCUAGUGUAGUGGAGAGGUUAACUUACCAUUGCUAUACAGUUUGCGACAAACUAUGCUAGAUUCAGUCCCCGAAAUUUUUCUUCCAGUGGAGGUGCAGGCAAAGAUGGCCAUGGGUGGCUCCGACCCCGCCUCUGCCCACAAAUGCAAAAUCUCGAUGUUGUGGAACUGGUACACGAUUGACUCGUGCUUUCUUGCACGCUCGUGGCAUGUUACGUCCCGCGGAAUGUUUGCAGGCACCUGCAUAGGUGUGUUCUUCUGGGUCAUGGCCUACUGCUGGUUUCACCGGUUUAUCGUCGAGUACGACAACGCUAUUGUCGACUACAAGCUAAAGAAGGCCAACGUCAGCGCCUGCGAAUCUUGUUGCGGCGCUGGCGGGUGUGACGAGAUUCUCAGCUCGGAAGAAAAGGGCUCUUCCGACGAGGAGACCAGCAGGGCUGCGGCGGUCGCACAAGGCGUGAAACGCCCUGGCUCCGACUUUUGGACGCCGCUGAAAAACACCUUCUCCCACAAGUGGUACCUUGCAUGGAUGAAGAAGGACGGCAAUGCCAUAUACCCCAGUCCCGUCGAGCACGUUGGCCGCUCCGGGCUCUAUCUCAUGGAAUGGACCGUCUCCUACCUCAUCAUGUUGAUGUGGAUGUACUACAACGGGUACCUGAUCAUCACCAUGAUUCUCGGUUACUUCUUUGGCCAGCUUUUCUUCAACUACACCCCUCUCACCGUCGUCCCGAGAAAGGAUUACACCACUCCGUCCUGUUCUUAACUCGCCGGUUGUCCCUUUUUUCCGCUUCUUCGUAGUAAAGUUUGUAUUUCCUGUCCC